AUGGCUGAUGCACGGGAUUUCGCCGAGGGGUCUGUCGCGCCUGACGGCAUUUCCCAUACCUCGCCUCAGUCUUCUCCCUCCCAGGCCUCCGCCUCCUCCGAGACCUCAAAUCCCAUCCCUUGCGAACCGACAGCACCAGGUUUAUCAGCCUCCUCAACACACUUGGGUCAGAUCAACGCUGCACGGCGGGGAGCUGGCUCCUCGCCACAUCCCCAGCCAUCGAUGAGCGGGAAAGCGACCGGUGGAUUGAACCAGGAUAUCAUGGCAAAAAUGAAAGCGUUUUCAUUGUCCCGGCAGGGUGCUCCAUUGCCGCAUGCUGCGUCGACGGGGACAAUCCCUAAGGCCCAAACGGGCACAGGCGGCGCCCUGGCCGGUCGUCUUCCUCCGAACUCACGGCCCAAUCCUCAGAACUGGACCUCUUCGCCAUCGGUGCCAGCGUCUUCCCCUGGUUCCGCGUCUCCCCGACCAGGCGGACUGGCGGCAAAGCGCAUGAAGCCCGGUCUCAAAUUGUCGGAUGUCACUGGCCCGCCAACUCCGGCCGCGGGGACCGAACAAAAGUCCAACGAGCAAACCGAGGAAUCUGCCUUCACCAAGUACGCCGAGUUUAUCGACACGAAAGCAGGAACUCUGAAUUUCAAGAAUAAGGCUGUCUUACAUGGGGGUGGUGUUGAAUUCUCAUCGGGUCACAGCUUCAAGAUCUCUCUGGACGAGGUCGAUCGCUUGGAAGAGCUAGGCAAGGGCAAUUAUGGGACAGUAUACAAGGUCCGACACAGUCGGCCACAUCUACGAAAACCGGGGCUCGGUUUGAGUGGCAUUGUCAGUCGACCGCAGGAUCAGGACGACACUAAUUCGGAAGCUGGAUCUACUCAAUAUUCCGGUGUGAUCAUGGCGAUGAAGGAGAUUCGUUUGGAACUGGACGAAGCGAAGUUUGCACAAAUCAUCAUGGAGUUGGACAUUCUACACCGUUGUAUCUCUCCCUUUAUCAUUGAUUUCUACGGGGCCUUCUUCCAAGAAGGUGCGGUCUACAUGUGUGUCGAAUUCAUGGAUGGUGGUUCGAUCGACAAGCUCUACGAGGGUGGUGUUCCCGAGAACAUCUUGCGCAAGGUCGCCCUGUCUACCAUCAUGGGAUUGAAGUCGUUGAAGGAUGACCAUAACAUCAUACACCGCGACGUGAAACCGACCAACAUCUUGGUCAACAGCAAGGGCCAGAUCAAGAUCUGCGAUUUCGGUGUCAGCGGAAACUUAGUCUCUAGCAUUGCGAAAACCAACAUCGGAUGUCAGAGCUACAUGGCCCCCGAACGAAUUGCAGGAGGCGGCAUGCAGCAAUCCGGAGCGCCCAGUGCUGGUACAUACAGUGUGCAGAGCGACAUUUGGAGUUUGGGAUUGUCCAUCAUCGAAUGCGCCAUGGGCCGAUAUCCAUACCCACCAGAGACAUUCAAUAACAUCUUCAGCCAAUUACACGCUAUCGUCCAUGGUGAUCCCCCAACUUUGCCUGCCGAGGGUUACUCCGAGGAAGCCCACGCAUUCGUCCGGGCCUGUCUCGACAAGAACCCCAACAGCCGACCGUCCUACAACAUGCUGCUUCGCCACCCCUGGCUAGCACCUUUGAUGCAGCCACCCACCGAGUCGGCUGAUGAACACGCCCCCUCCGACGUACAUGAUGACUCCGGCUCCAGUGAAAACGGUUCAUCUGCUAUGACAGAGGACAAGGAAGCUGCUGAGUGGGUGAACAAACAAAUCAAGCUCCGGGAAGACGGCUUGCUCCGUGUCACCGAGAAGCCAGCACUUCAUGCCGUUGCGCUGGACAAGGUCGGCACGGGCUCCGAGAAUGACCCCAACAUUAUCCCUCAGACGGACUAA